AUUGCAAGGAAAAUAAGCUUUACACACAACUUCAACUUCGCUGAAGAAGAAAGAGAACAAUGCAGCUCUCCAACAGUCCUGUUUUUGGCCUUGUUCUCCUGUUCUUAAAUCUGCCGCUGAGCAGCGCGUAUCCUGUCUACAAUGGGUUACUGACCAAUGAUGACAUGGAGGUCUUAAAUGUACUUCUCCACCGACUUCAAAAGUCCUUUCCUGAGCUGAGUGAGUUUGAGCGAGUCUCCACAGAGAAGUCGGAUGAUGUCACUCCUGAAGACAUGGCAAUGGUUGCAGAGGAUGAGAGAGAGCAAACACAAACAAGUCCAGACAAAGCCACCACAAGAGACUUCCUGUCAGCUCGGGACCUGAAAACUGUCCGAAACGACUCAAGAUCAAAGAGAUACUCGGGCUGCUUCGGGAGAAGGAUGGACCGAAUCGGCUCAAUGAGCUCGCUUGGGUGCACCACGGUUGGCAAAUACAGUGAGUUUUAG